GUAUUCGAAUAGACAACGAUUUGAUCGCUAACGGUCAAUGAGUCUAUACCUAUUGUGCUUGAAUAGAAAACUAUCAGUCUCGUUUUUCGCAAAUAUUUAAUCAUGCCUUUAAUAGACGACGAAUCUGGGAUCGUUCUCAAUGAAUCCAUAAAAAUUAAAGAAAAAUCAACUGUGCCAAUAACAGCAGAUGAAGAAUAUGCAAAAAAUCCAGAAAUAUCCAAAGAAAAUAUAGAAGAUUUAAGAAAAUGGAUAGCAACACAGCCACAUUUACCACAAAAUAUUCCAGAGGAAAUGCUGAUACUUUUUUACCACAGUUGCUAUUUAAAAAUGGAACAAACCAAAAAUUGCAUAGAAAUUUACUACACACUUAAAACAGAAACUCCAGAAUUUUUUGCAAAUCGUGACGUUUCUAGGCCAGAACUCGUUAAUGCUCUUAACGUUUUAGAUUAUGGUUGUUUGCCGAUUCGCAAUCCAAAUGGCUACCAAAUCAUCUACCACAAAUUACGAAUUUUCGAGGCCAAUAAAUAUGUGUUUAACGAUGGUGUUAAGUUGUUAAUUAUGGCAAUGGAUGCGUGUUUCAAGGUGGACGGUACUUGUCCUGGGUAUAUAUUUUUAUUUGACAUGCGCGGUGUCCGAUUGGGUCAUCUCACCAGACUGAGCAUAUCUUCACUUAGAAAAUUCUUCACUUUCAUACAAGAAGGUUUACCUGUUCGUCUAAAGGGUAUACAUGUUCUGAAUACACAGUCAAUUGUUGACAAAAUUAUGAUACUGGUCAAACCUUUCAUGAAAAAGGAGCUGCUAAGUAUGGUGCACUUUUACACGGAAAGAGACGAGGAGAAAAUUUACGAAGCGGUGCCGAAAGAAUGUCUACUUGAAGACUACGGCGGCCUGGCGCAAUCCAGCGAGAAAAUGCAUGCUCAUUUUAUCAAAUGGAUGAAAGUAAUGAAGCCUUUGUUUGAAAACGACUAUCAAUACAAAGUCGACGAAUCAAAGAGGCCAAAAAAGAGUAAGAAGUCCUUAUCAACUUCAUUUAAAUCGUUGGAAAUCGACUGAUUAAAAAUUACCAUAUUUUAAUGUUGCUCUUAUAUAUUAAUAAUUGAAAGACGAAAAGAAUCACAAUUUAUUAC